CGGAAUGAUGGGCCGGGUGUCCACUGGCACGUGAACCGUGAGGACAGCCUGACCGCGCUGGAGCGGUACCGCCAGCGGUGACCUGCGCAUGAGCUCCGCUGUGAAGGCUGCUUUGCUGGCGCUGGUCGCGCGCCGGCUGAAGGCCAGCCCCGCAAACGUGCGGGAGGGGCGGCCUGUGCUGUGCAGAGAGUGGCCCUGCAAGAGCUGCGGCUGGUUGCGCUGCCUGCACAUGGUGUCCAGCACUGACAAGGCAGCGCUGGUCACUUCCCGGACGCCGGCUGAAGACAGCUGCUCGCCCUCUGGGAGCCCCGUGGCGGCACCCACCAGAAGGACUGGCGACGCGCCGGCGCCAGCGGGGCUGCCUGCCCGGCUGGCGGCCGCGGUCGGCCACGUGCGGAGCGCGGGUGUGGAACAGCAUCCGCCGCAGCCAGCCACUCAGCCGCCAGCGGCGCCGCCACAGUGGCGGGUUAGCCUGGACCAACUGUGGGUGGCUAACGCUGCGGGGGCUGUGUCCUACGUCCACUACACGGGGCGGCUCUUGGAGCCUGGGCCUGGCGUGCUGCCCCCGGCGGUGGAUGGGGCGUGGCAGCCUGCCUGUGUGCUGCAGCAUCGCAAGCCGCGGCACCUGUGGACCUUUGAAGAGCGGGCGGCGUACAAUGCAGCAUCACCAGGGGAACGGGCGGGGGCGUGGCCUCGGGCGCCGUACUUCCUGGCGCCGGAGGCUGGGGUGGUGGUGCACCCGGAGCACUGCCGGAUUCCGGGUGUCAGCUUGGCGGACUACAUGGUGCGGGACGUGCGGCGGGCCAUCACCGCGGCUAACCCGGCCGCACCUCCGGCUCCGGCCCGCCCUGCAGCCAUGCCGUGCCUAGCACCAGCACAGCAGGCGGGGGGUCCGGGGACCCAGCCGGCGGCACAGUCGCGGCUGGCGGAGCGGGAGGCGGAGUGGCAGCGUGCAGCGGUGCAGCUGACCACCACUGCGGCGCAGCACUUCCACAAUAACCCGGUGGCUCUGGACCCCUGGCUCCACCGCACCUCCGCGGCGGCGGCGGCAGCAGCGGCGGCAGUGGAGGGCGACCCUCGCAUGCCGCCCCCGGAUGCGUCCCUUCUGCGGGGGCGGGCAAGGGCAUUCGUCCACGGGUGACCACGGGGUGCGGGGGGUUGGGGGCGCACUGUCCUCACCCCGCCUGCGGGCCACCUGGCCCGCGGGCGUGGGCCAGCCUAACGCACAUCUUCCUGGAGUGUCCAGCUUAUUGUAACGCCGGCUCUAACUACUUAGAAGCAUUCAGAGCAAGCUUACCUCCAGGACCUUCGUAGGCCGCGACACAGGGACGCGGACGGAAAGUCCGUUGAGGAGAGAGCAGAGAGAGGAUACUAGGAAGCUGCGCUCCCGUAGCAUAAAGGCACCGGGAAGGAGACGAUCCUUCCGAUACUAAGAGUAACCUCCAAGCGGCCCUGACGAGUGCUAAAUAUAGCCGGGUUCGCCUAGCCCCGUACAGAGAUGGGGACGCGCAUACGCGCCCUCCUUAAUACUGUGCCCUGUAAAUCACAGCCAUUGAUAAUGUUCUAAGCUAUUGAUACGCACACAUAGGUGCUCUCCAAAGCUAGUCUUGCGUGUCGCAAGCUCGGGGCACGAACCCUGGCUAAGUCCGCCAGGCCCGUGUUACAUUCCCCCCCCCUUGGAGCGAACGUCCCGGGAGCGGUAGUAACUCAAGUUGCCCUGCCACGUGUCUGACGUGGAGCUUUGGUAGGGGCCGCCGGAGGCGUGGCCUUACGCGUGGCGUACCGCUGAGUAGCGGCAGCCUUGCGGUCAGCCCUGCGCUGUGCGACAGUGUUAAUGCGUUUCUCGCGCGCGGCUUGCUUAGUAGCCGUGCGUGCAAGGUAUUCUUCGAUGGCUUCUUCCAACGGAGCGGACUCCCGCAGGUUAGCCUCAGGCUCCCAAGAGUUAUGCUCAGGCCCGUAGCCCUCCCACUUAACCAAGAACUCCCGUAGGGUCUUGCGCCCGCACUUGCGAUCACGGUGCAAUAGAAGAGACUCUACUGACCAAUAGGUAUCACCGUUAUCCUCAAGAAUGGCCGGUGGCGGAUUGUACGCCUGGCCGGGCUUCCAUGCUUUCAGCAAGGAUACGUGGAAAACGUUGUGUAUCUUGUAGCCAGGUGGCAAAGCCAAUUCAUAGGCCACCGCACCGAUCCGUCGCUGAAUUUUGAACGGACCGAUGUACCUAGGCAUCAGCUUCGCUGCGCCAGGAAUGCGGAGUUUGAUGUUUUUGGUUGAUAGCAGUACGUCAUCCCCAACGUCGAACUUGCUGUCGCGACGGCAGGAGUCAGUGGCCACACGCUGCCUGUCCUGCGCCGCUCGCAGGCAUUUUUUAGCGUGCGCCAUGCGCUGCCGCAUGGCAUCUGAGAAGUUUUGCGCUGCUGGCACGUUGCUAGAAGGCAAGGCCAGGUCACCGGGCACCCGAGGUCGUCGACCGUAGUUGAGUUCGAAGGGUGUCGCCCCAGUGCUACCGCUUUGCGAGUUGUUGAUAGCAAACUCGAUAAGAGGCAGGUGUUUGUCCCAAUCAUCUUGGAGUGGGCCGAUAUAAUGGCGCAGGGUUUCUUCCAGAAGGCGAUUCAUUCGUUCAGUCUGGCCAUCCGUUUGCGGAUGAUAAGCUGUAGAGAAAUGCAGCUUAGUUUGUAGCCGUGAGAACAGCUCUUUCCAGAACCGACCCGUGAACACAGAGCCACGGUCGGACACCAGGUUGAUUGGCAAACCGUGAUGUCUGAACACGUACUGGAGGAAAAUUUCAGCUAAUUCCUCAGCAUCGACGUCGCUGUGUGUGGGAGCAAAGUGAGUCAUUUUGCUCAGCCGGUCCACAAACACCACUAUAGCGUCGUGCCCAGCAAGGGUUGUCGGUAAUUUCGUUAUCAGAUCAAGUGAUACGCUGUCCCAGUUCGCUUCCGGAAUGGGGAGGGGCUGCAGCUUUCCAGCCGGCUUUUGGUUGGAAGGCUUGUUGCGUUGACAGUCCGGGCACGAGGCAACGUACUCAGUGCAGUCUGCGUCCAGACGUGGCCACCAGUAGCGCCUCGAAAUUGCUUCCUUUAAGCGGCGUGCACCACGGUGCCCGGCUGUGGGGCUGUUAUGGAACUCUGUCAAUAUCAGCUCCCGCAAUCCAUCAGCGGCAGGGAUCACCACCUGGGUGUCUCUGUACCAGAGACCCGCUGAGGUUUUAAGCUGCAGGCUUGCUGAUGCCCUCGAAUCAGAGAAUAGGCUGUCACCUGAAUAGCCUUUACGGAUCCGGUCAAGGAGGUCCGAAGAAAUCUCUGAGCGUGUGAGCGCUGCGCACAUGGGCUCCCAGAUACGAGAUAUUGGGUCAGCCACAUUAAUUCUGCCAGGGCGGUACUCCCAUGUAAAGGAGAAUCGGGACAAGAACUCCAUCCAGCGUGCUUGACGUCUGGACAGUAAGUUACUGCUCUUUUGGUCUUGCAAAUAGGUGAGAGGUUGGUGAUCUGUGACAAGGGUCACGUGGGAAGCUCCGUCCAGGUAGCAGCGCCACUCAGUAAGUGCGUGGAUUACUCCUAGGCACUCCUGAUCAGUCGUGGUGUAAUUGUGCUCAGCAGAGCUGAACUUGGCGCUGGUAUACGCUACGGGCUUGCCAUCUUGCAAGAGAACAGCUCCCGUGCCGUAAAUUGACGCGUCGGACCAUACCUCAAAGGGUAGGUCAAAGCGAGGCAGGGCUAGUACGGGUGCGCUUGUAAGUGCUACCUUCA